GAUGGCGCAAUAUGUCAAUAAAAAUGGUGUUAAAAUUGAUGGACAUUGUUGAUGUGUCAACGAAAUUGUGUCGUAAAUAACAAAAAGGCUUUGAAAGUUUUACAACAGUGAUUAAAAAAAUCAUUUAUUGUUAUAUAAUUAUUGUUUGAAAUUAAAAUUUCAUAUUUAAUUAUAACUGCAAGCUAAUAAGUAAAGAUAAUUAUAAAAAAUGGAAGCUGCUCAACGAUCGGAGCAACAUGAAGAAUGGAGAAAAAGGGCAUUUUUGGGGCCACUUCCGCAAAGUUUUUUGAGGUUGGAAGAGUCAUUGACUCCACAACAACAACAAGAAGCUGCUGAUCAACAAGCUGCACUUGCUUUACAACAACUUCAAGGAACAAUGCAGCCUGCUGAUCCACGGAUGGGUAGACUUAGCAUUUCUGUCGUGCAGGCAAAGUUAGUAAAAAAUUAUGGAAUGACGAGAAUGGACCCUUACGUUCGAUUGCGAGUAGGACAUUCCAUUUAUGAGACCCAAACUGACACAAAUGGAGGCAAAAAUCCCCAUUGGAAUAAAGUUAUACAAUGCUGGCUGCCACCCGGAGUAAACCAAAUUUACGUCGAAAUCUAUGACGAGUGUUCCUUCACUAUGGAUGAAUUAAUCGCCUGGGGACAUAUUGAUAUUCCUUCCAAAGUGAUCCAACGAGGGGAAACCCAUGAGGAUUGGUACAGAUUGAGUGGAAAACAAGGAGACAAUCAAGAAGGAAUGAUCAAUUUAGUCCUAAGCUACACAACUAAGUGUACCCCUUACCUUGCUGCACCACCAGUAGUCAUGGUACCAUCAGCAACAUCAAACCUAAUGUUUGGAAUGCCUGGCUAUGCUCCAGUCAAUGUUUACACUGCACCUCCAGUCAUGCCUCAACCUCCAACAGCCAUUCCAAGUUCAUUACCUCAUGCUGAAGAAGAACUUAAAGAGAUCGCAGAAAUGUUUCCUAAUAUUGACAAAGAAGUUAUUAAAUCAGUGUAUGACGCAAAUAAUGGUAAAAAAGAUACAACUAUUAACUCUUUAUUACAAAUGGUAGAAUAAUUUAUAUGUUUUAUGCUUUUGGUCGCCAAAAAAGAAGUUAUAAUAUUUGAUAUUCAUAUGCUAAACAUCUAUUUACUAAAUAAAAUAAAUAUUUAUUAUCAUUAUUAUUACAAUUAUUAGUAUAUCAUUGAUUAUUAUCAAUACAUAAAUUUGUAAAAUAUAUGAAAUUGUUUCAAAAAAUAAAGUAUUUCUAUUUUAGAAACAUAUUAUCGUAUAAAUAAUCAAUUAAAUUAUUUUAAAAAUAUGUUUAUUUGAAAUGAACUUCACUAAAAUAGAAAUAAUAAUGAAUUAUUUAUUGUAUAAAAGUAAUAAUGUAUAUCUAUUUUUAAUUGGCUUAAUUUAAUUAUUACGAAGACCACAUGUAGAAAUAUGUUUGCUGCCAAUGAGGUAAAUAUUUUGCUAUUGGUUCUGUAAUAUAUCUUGCUAAAGGAA